UUUUCUGAUGGGUUAGGUAAAAUAUUUAACUCUGAAUGUGGUGUCAAACAAGGGGAUGUUCUUAGCCCUACACUUUUCAAUAUAUUUAUUGAUGGUAUUGUCAGUGACUUGAAACAAAAUGUAAAAUGUGAACCUGUACAUGUAAAUAAUCUCAAUGUAAACUGUCUGCUUUAUGCUGAUGAUAUUGUUAUUUUAUCAGAGAGCAAAAGUGGUUUACAAACUAGUUUAGAUAUUCUUUACAACUAUUGUUCAAAUUGGAAAUUACAAGUCAAUGUUGAUAAAUCUAAAAUCAUGGUUUUUAACUCAAAUAGUAAACAUCAAAGCAUCAAUUUCACUUUCAAUGGAAAUACUAUGCAAGUUGUAUCAAAAUACUGUUAUUUGGGUAUUGUAUUGAAAAGUAAUGGGAAGUUUAAUUUAGCAACAUCUGUGCUUGUUGAAAAGGCCAGAAAAGCAUAUUUUAAAAUGAAAAAAAUAAUUGGUAUUGAUAAUCCAUGUAAGCUCUUAGAAAAACUUUUUGAUUCUAUUGUACUUCCUGUACUUCUUUAUUGUUGUGAAAUAUGGGGAGUGGAUCUCUCAUUGAAAGAUAUUUCAGUUAUCGAAAAAUUUCAUGUAAAAUUUCUUAAAGAUAUACUUGGAUUACAUUGCAAAGCAUCUAAUGCUGGUUGUUUGGCAGAAUUAAACAGGUUACCACUUUGGUCUAAAAUCUCAUUCUCAAGCAUUAAAUAUUGGAAUCACUUGAUAACAUCUAAUUCUUUGGCAUUUAAAUUAUAUCAGGGAACGAUCAAUUCCAAUUCCUGGACUAAGAAAAUUUAUGGCAUCCUAGACAAUUUGGGAUUCUCAAACAUUAGUAAUUAUAAAAGCACAAUCCAACUCUUUUUACCAAACAUAAAGCAAAGAAUCAUUGACCAAUGUAUCCAAGAGCAAUCAUCAAAAAUUUUUAGUUCAGAAAAACUUUCAUUUUUUCAAAAAUUGUAUAUGAGAAAAAGAAGUCCUUAUGUUGAUAUAGUCAGGAAAAGAUCUGAGAGAUCCUCUAUUAGUAGAAUAAGAUUAAGUGCACAUAAACUUGCAAUAGAAAGUGGUAGAUAUAAUGCCACAAUUAGGAAUGAAAGAUAUUGUAAUGCUUGUAAAACUGGUGCAAUUGAAGAUGAAACUCAUUUUCUUUUUCAAUGUAAAGCCUAUUCUCAUCUAAGGAACAGCUAUUUUAGUAAUUUUUAUAAGAUAAGUAAAAUAAAUAUUGCCAAUAACUUGGAUAAAGAAAGAUACAUUUUACAUGUAUGUUUAAAUAGUGAAAUACAUACUAUUUUAAAUAUUACUGUUAAAUUCAUUAAUGACUGCUUUGAACACAGAUGUCAAUUAGUCUAAGGAAAUGUUAAACUG